AUGCAAAUCCUCAAAAUCCCGUACAGCCUCGUGGCCGCAUCGUCCUCUGCAUCCACAAACGACCUAACCGACUCCUCCCACCCAGAAUCCCCCUCGCACUCCUUCAACACAGUGCGCCACACGCUCUCGGAGAUCCUUCCUGUUGUCCCCGAGAACCCGCCAUCCUUCACGCACUGUGCCUCGCCCACCUGGAAACCCUACAACUACACGUUCUGGCACGCCCUCAUCGCGCGCUCCCAAGGGUUACAGGAAUCCCAACACCACAUCAUCCAGCUCCCGGGGCUCCUCUACCAAGACCUCACCAGAUGCUACAGCAGCUGGCUAUCCAGCAGUCGCAUCCGCGAAACCAGCAUGCGCGAGGCCCUCGAGACACUGGCGAGCACGCGCGCUGGCAAGGAUUUAGCCGUGCUUUUAGAUGGACGUCGCAAGUGGUUUAUCCGCCUCGACCAGAUGUCGCCGAAAGACAGUGCGAUGCGGGGAGCGCUGCCGGCGUCGACGCCGCAUCAGAUGCUGCAGAUGCUGUGUUCGUCGAAUCGAGCCUACACCUGUUUAUUGCAUGAGAAAGAGGACGCCGAGGCCGAGGGGAGAGAUAUGAGCUUCAAGCUCGUGCUGAAUGUGUGGAGGGACGAUAUGAAUACGAGCAGGGAGUUUAGGGUGUUUGUGCCGCCGCCUGGUGCUACUUCUACCACUAGUGAUGCUACUAUGGAUGUUGCGGGUGUUGCGCAGCGGCUACAAGACUUCAAGAUCAGCUUCACCUUUGACGUUGCGCUGCAGCAGGACGGCAGCGUGCAGUUAGUUGAGCUGAAUCCGUUUGGUGCCACGUCGGGCUGUGGACCCUGUCUGUUCAACUGGGUGCGCGAUGGCAAGAUGCUUUAUGGAUUGGACGAAGCAAAGUUCGCUGUGACGGUUGCAUGA